CCUACUACUUUCCCCUCCCCUUCCCCCGCCUCUCCCUCCAGUUUCUCUCUUUCCGGGAAUUCUCUCCAUUUUCUUUCUCCUCGUCAUCCUUGCGACAUUCUCACCCUACUCUUCUCUUCCCCUCCUUCAUCACAUCAAUAUCGUCAUCAUGUCUUCCCCAGUUCUCCAAGAGGCUGUGCGGAUUGCCCGCCAGUUUGACUACCCCGCCGACGAAGUGCGUCGCGGUGUAACAGAGUACGUGCGCGAAAUGGACGAGGGCUUGUCGCAGGAGCACACCACCCUGAGCCAGAUCCCAACCUUCGUCACCUCUGUACCCAAUGGCACAGAAAAGGGAUUGUAUUUGGCUGUAGACCUUGGCGGAACCAACUUCCGCGUGUGCUCUAUUGACCUCCAUGGAGACACCACUUUCUCCCUGACCCAGUCGAAGAUCAUGAUCCCUCGGGAGACUAUGUCCUCCGGCACCGCCAAGGAUUUGUUCCUGUUCUUGGCACGUCAGAUCGAGUCGUUCCUGCGCAUUCACCACAACGAGCACUUUGAGGCACACAUUCGACGCCGCAACCAGAAGAGGGACAACUGCGAGGAGGAACUCUUCGACCUGGGUUUCACCUUCAGUUUCCCCGUCCGCCAGCUGGGCAUCAACAAGGGUACCUUGAUCCGCUGGACCAAGGGCUUUGACAUCCCCGAUGCCGUGGGCCAGGAUGUCUGCGCGUUGCUGCAGUGCGCCAUUGAUGAGCUGGAUCUCCCCGUGCGUGUGGCCGCCCUCGUCAAUGACACCGUGGGAACCUUGAUGGCUCGCUCCUACACCUCCCCUGGUGCCACGGGUACUUUCCUCGGCGCAAUCUUCGGCACGGGCACCAACGGCGCCUAUGUCGAGAAGCUCGACCGCAUCACCAAGAUGCAGACCAUUGAACACUCCUCGUACGACAAGUCUACCGGGGAGAUGAUCAUCAACGCCGAAUGGGGCAGCUUCGACAACCACCUGAGCGUCCUUCCCAACACCGUUUAUGACCAGCAACUGGACGCGGACAGCAACAACCCCGGCAUUCAGAUGUUCGAGAAGCGCGUCUCCGGUAUGUUCCUGGGUGAGAUCCUGCGCCGUGUCAUGCUGGACAUGCACGGCAACGAGUCUUUGGGUUUCCUCAAGUCUAGCGCAUCGUCGACUGUCUCGGUCCCUAAGGAGUCGUCUCUCUUCCGCCAGUGGGGCAUUGACACUAGCUUGUUGAGCUUGGUUGAGGCCGACAAGACCGAGAACCUGGAUCAGAUCAAGACGGCCCUGAAGGAUCACCUGAAGAUCGAGAACCCCAGCAACGACGAUUGCAAAGCCAUCCAGACCGUGGUACAUGCUAUUGGUAAGCGUGCCGCUCGUCUGGCUGCCGUGCCUCUGGCGGCUGUUCUCCACUCCACUGGCAAGCUGCAGUCGGAGGAUCUCGUGGAUAUUGGUGUGGAUGGCAGUCUGGUGGAGUUCUACCCCAACUUUGAAGGUCACAUGCGGGAUGCGCUCCGCGAGGUCCCCGAGGUUGGCGAGGCCGGUAACAAGAAGAUCCGCAUUGGUAUCUCUAAGGAUGGCAGUGGUGUGGGUGCUGCUCUGAUCGCUCUAGUCGCCAGCAAAGAGGAUGCCAAGAAGCCCAACACCAGCGGCCUGCGUGGCCAUUGAGGGACUGGGGGCAUCUGAUUUUUUUCGGU